AUGGAAGAAGCUGGACAGGACCCAUUGGAUGAUGUGCAGGAGAUGAUGGAAAUACCGAAACUAGAAGUCAUAAAACAGAACCUCAACUACCUGAACUCAGGCCUUGAAAAGGACCUGCAGAGACUGGAUGAGGCAAAUCAGGUUCUUCACAAAAAAAUUCAAGAGAAAGAAGAAAUCAUUCAAAGUCUGGAAAGAGAGAUUACCCUGUCAGUAGGACAAGCCAGAGAGAGGGAGGAGCUGAACCACAUCAUAUCUGAGAAGGAGGAAGCCCUGCAGGAUCUGGAAUUAGAAACAGCAAAGCUGGAAAAAAAUAAGGAGAUUCUAAGCAGGAACGUGGUAGAGCUGCAGAAGAAGAUUUCAAAGAGAUUUAAGAAUGCUGGCCUUGAUAAUGAAGCCCUAAAGGAGAUGCUGGCAGAAUCGAAGGUGAGACUACAAAAGUCAACAGAAUCCUGUGCAAAUCAAGAGAAGGAACUGGUCAAGAUAGAGAGUGACUACCAAUCUGUGUAUCAGCUCUGUGAGGACCAGGCCCACUACAUAAAGAAAUACCAGGAAGUUCUGAGGCAGAUGGAAAAGGAAAAGGAGGUGCUGCUUCUUGAAAAAGAAGUGUAAGUUUGGGAAAAUGGGCUGAAGUUACAGUCUCCGGGUGGUCUUUGAAGGGCAGAGUACUUCUCAGACCAUGAUCUCUUGGUUAUUAAGUAGUGUAUUAAAAAAAAAAAGAAAGGGAGAGCAACCAAACCAACCAGGUUCAAAGCCCAGAACAACUCCUCCCAAAUAGUGAAACCGGGGUCAGUUCUGGUGGAGACCACCCAAAGCAACAUGGAGAAGACCAUCAUUAAGAAACAGAAGAGAAUCUUUUGGUACAGCAGGUAUCUCAGGUAUCUUGUCUUCAUGGUCAUGAUCUUCAUUAGGCUGCUGGGUUAUGUGCUUUUCUACCUGCAGUACAUAAACCCAGACCUCCUUGUGGAUGCUCUGCCCAUGGUAAUGAGCAGAGACACCUUGAAGAGGCUGAGGGACAUCUUAUUUCCCUUCCUCACUCUAGAGGUAGAAGAACUUCUACCACAUUAG